AUGGCCUCUGAAUUCCCUAGAAGACUGUACACCAAAGGCGGUGAGCCAGCCCCGGAUAAAAGAAUCGGCUAUUAUGCUGAUGAUUAUAGGCUGAUAGUUUGCAAGCAGAGGUACGAGAUAUGGAGACUGAUUGGUACCACUCCAGUUUGGUUUUCAUUGCAUGAGUUUGAGGAGAUCACCAGACUCAACUGCGGGUACGUGGAUGACUUGGCUGUAACUGAUCUUGAGCUUUCUGAUAUGCAUGCAUUUUGGGAGCUAAUGGGGGUCGAUGUCGAGUCGGGCCCAAGCACUAUCGAAAUUAUUGAAGCCUGUUCCAACUGCUCAUCAUGGUCUCGGGAUGAUAGGCUGCGGUUGGGAUAUCUUGGGAUCUACGCUGGUUUCAUAGUGGCAACGAGACCAGGCUUAUCCACAAAUGUCAACCAUGCCAUACUAGUGAUGGAUCUCGAAGGUUUUAAGGAGUUCCCAUGGGGAAGAAUUGCUUUUCAGCAUCUGAUCAAGUCUGUUAAGGAGAAAGAUCUCAGCAAAAACAUUCAUAUAGAAGGAUUUGUGCAAGCUCUUCAAGUGUGGGUGUACUAUGCUCUGCCGGAUUUUGCUGCUGAAUUUGGCGAACCAUUGCCAAAUGAUCCUACACCUUUUAUGCUGGCUUACAAAGGAUCAAGAGGACGAAAGAACGUCAAAGCCAACAUGCUAAAACAGGCUCGCAUACAGUGCUGCGUGGCUAAAGACUUGGCGGAUAUAUUUCCAGUUUGGGAUGAUGAGGAACAGGAUCCGGAUAUUGUCAAGAUUGUCAAUGCAAUCCAUGACCCCUAUUUCAAGUUCUAA